GUUCCUGGAGAAGCCCAAGCGGCGGCUCCUGUGCCCACUCUGCGGGAAACCUAUGCGCGAGCCCGUGCAGGUUUCCACCUGCGGCCACCGCUUCUGUGACACCUGCCUGCAGGAGUUUCUCAGUGAAGGAGUUUUCAAAUGCCCUGAGGACCAACUUCCUCUGGACUAUGCCAAGAUCUACCCAGAUCCAGAGCUGGAGGUCCAAGUGUUAGGCCUACCUAUCCGCUGCAUCCACAGUGAAGAGGGCUGCCGCUGGAGCGGGCCACUUCGACAUCUACAGGGCCACCUGAGUACCUGCAACUUCAAUGUAGUCCCCUGCCCCAAUCGCUGCCCUACCAAGCUGAGCCGCCGUGAUCUGCCCGCACACUUGCAGCACGACUGCCCCAAGCGGCGCCUCAAGUGCGAAUUCUGUGGCUGUGACUUCAGUGGGGAGGCCUAUGAGAGCCACGAGGGCAUGUGCCCUCAGGAGAGUAUAUACUGUGAGAACAAGUGUGGUGCCCGCAUGAUGCGGCGACUGCUGGCCCAGCACGCCACCUCUGAGUGCCCCAAGCGUACCCAGGCUUGCAGCUAUUGUACCAAGGAGUUUGUCUUCGACACCAUCCAGAGCCACCAGUACCAGUGCCCAAGGCUACCAGUGCCCUGCCCCAACCAGUGUGGUGUGGGUACUGUGGCUCGGGAGGAUCUGCCAGGCCAUCUGAAGGACAGUUGCAGCACUGCCUUAGUGCUGUGCCCGUUCAAAGACUCCGGCUGCAAGCACAGGUGCCCUAAGCUCGCAAUGGCACGGCACGUGGAGGACAGUGUGAAGCCACAUCUGGCUAUGAUGUGUGCCUUGGUGAGCCGGCAGCGGCAGGAGCUGCAGGAACUGAGGCGAGAGCUGGAGGAGCUAUCUGUUGGCAGCGAUGGGGUGCUCAUCUGGAAGAUUGGUAGCUAUGGACGGCGGCUACAGGAGGCUAAGGCCAAGCCUAACCUCGAGUGCUUCAGCCCAGCCUUCUACACACAUAAGUAUGGUUAUAAGCUGCAAGUGUCUGCAUUCCUCAACGGCAAUGGCAGUGGAGAGGGCACACAUCUCUCACUCUAUAUUCGUGUGCUGCCAGGCGCCUUUGACAAUCUCCUUGAGUGGCCCUUUGCCCGCCGUGUCACCUUUUCCCUGCUGGAUCAGAGUGACCCUGGGCUGGCUAAGCCACAGCAUGUCACUGAGACCUUCCACCCUGACCCAAACUGGAAGAAUUUCCAAAAGCCGGGAACUUGGCGAGGUUCCCUGGAUGAGAGUUCUCUGGGCUUUGGAUACCCCAAGUUCAUCUCCCACCAGGAUAUCCGAAAGCGAAACUAUGUGCGGGAUGAUGCAGUGUUCAUCCGUGCCUCUGUUGAACUACCCAGGAAGAUCCUCAGUUGAGUGCAGAGCUGGCACGCUCGAGGGGAGAGGGAUGGGACGUGACCUGUCAGACACUGUCUGGACCUGGAAAGGGGCCGGAUCCCCUUUCAGCUGUUCUCUGCUGCCUAGGUUCUGUUACCCCCAUCUCCCCCUACCACCAGCACCCUCAGGUCCCUCCAAUUGGUGCUUCAGCCCUGGCCCCUGGCGAGGGGAGCAGGUCUUGGGGUUAUCAAGGGCUGG